UAUCAAAUAACUGUUACGGCCCAUAGUCUGCUGUUGUCUAGCAUUUUCUUUCAGCUGUGCAGUAACCCUUCCCAGAUGGGUUACUUCCCUCUCAUUUCAAUUCCAAUGACUAAGCCAUCCAGGGUGGGUUUGGUACAACCUUUACAUUACAAAAAUGUCUCACCACACAAGGUGUACUGUGAGAUGCGUCCAGAUGGAGGCUGGACAGUGUUUCAGAGACGCAGUGGAGGGGGAGUGUCCUUCAGAAGACAAUGGAAUGCCUACAAAAAUGGUUUUGGAAAUAUAAAUGAGGACCACUGGCUCGGCCUGAAUAAGGUUUUCGCCCUGACAAGGAAAACAACCAAGAACUGGACCUUGAGAGUGGACCUCUGGGAUCAUGCAGGCGGCACUGCUUUAGCUGAGUACAAGAACUUUAGGCUGGGAGAUGAGAAAACGGCUUUCAAACUUCAGGUUGGACAAUACCGUGGCAACGCAGGCGACGCCAUACGGGGUGCUUAUCGUGGCCUGGACCAAAAUGGCUUUGGCUUCAGCACCUUUGACCGAGACAACGAUGGCUGCAACCCGUGCCUCUUUGGAGACAUUGCUCAAAAAAACUGCGCCUUCUCCGAGGGAGGUGGCUGGUGGUACAGCAAAUGUGGCUCGGCCAGUCUGAACGGAGACUGGCACCCGUCUGGUAACCACCUUGGUUGGGCUUCCGGCGUCCACUGGCUCACCUGGAAAGGUCCUGCACUGUACUCUGCUAAGGCCAGCAGAAUGAUGAUCAAGUCAGUGAAAAUGAAGGGUCUGCUUGGCUUUUGUGGGCUUGUAUUGGCCCUCCUUUUGACUUUCUCAGGACAGGCUGAGGAACAGACUGCUCGGACAUUAAGACUCGCUCACCACAGGCAGCCAGUGGAGUUUAUGAAAUCCAACCAGUUGGUGCCCCAGGUGUACUGCGAGAUGCGUCCAGAUGGAGGCUGGACGGUGUUUCAGAAACGUACUGGAUGGGCAGUGUCCUUCGACAGAAUAUGGGCUUCAUAUAAAAGUGGCUUUGGAUACCUGACAAAUGACCACUGGCUCGGUCUGCAGAAUCUUUACUCCAUAACAAAGGACACUUCUAAGAGCUGGACCUUGAGGGUGGAUCUGUGGGAUCACGAAGGCGGCACUGCUUUCGCUGAGUACAGGAACUUCCGACUGGGACACGAGUCAACAGCCUACAAACUGUAUGUUGGAACGUACAGUGGAAACGCAGGCGACGCCAUCCGGGGUGCCUAUCCUGGCAUCGACCAAAAUGGCUUUGGCUUCAGCACCUUUGACCUCGACAACGAUGGCUGCAACCCGUGCAUGUUUGGAGACAUUCCUAUAAAUCAGUGCGCCCCCUCCUACGGAGGUGGCUGGUGGUACAGCAAAUGUGGCUCGGCCGGUCUGAAUGGAAACUGGCACGCAUAUGGUGACCACAUUGGUUGGGCUUCCGGCCUCCACUGGCUCACCUGGAAAGGUCCCGCUCCGUACUCUGCUAAGGCCAGCAGAAUGAUGAUC